AUGAAGAGAUAUCCUACCCCAAUCCUUAAGCCAUAUUGGCCUUUCUUUGCAGGUGGUGCCGUUGUUUUCUGGUUAGUUUCCAAGGCUGCAGAGGCUUCCCAAAACUCUGAGAAAUUUAUUAACGACCCAAGACACCCAAGAUUCCGUCAAGGUGGUGCAGCUCUCCAAUUGAAGGAAUAG